AGACGUUGCUUAAAAUGUGCAUGUAUUAGAUCGGUCCGAAAUUUCGCGCUGUUUUCAAACCCAUGCUGAAACCGCUCAGAAUGAAGAUAGACAAACGCGACGUCCCACGCUGUGCCCAAAAAAUUCGAAAUUCAGUAUUUCGAACCGCUAAACGGUUACAAGCUAAAAUCAGCGUUAAAUGAUAAACGGUUUUUGGAAGAUGACCCGAAGUCUCAUUACUCUUGUAGCGUUGAUUUUGACAAUUACUGUUGUAUAUAUUGUACAUCAAAAAUAUGACCAGCCACUGACUCGUCUAAGCCUAUGCAAAGAACUGAUGCCUGAAGAAUCCACUGACUCUUGGACUAGGGAGUACUAUGCUAUGCAGGCAGCUUCUAGAAUACGUGGUUUGGAGAGCAUUCGAAAAACUACAAAAAAUUUUUUGAACCUGUAUGAUGCAAUUGUUCCAGAGGUUUUCUGUCGCAAUCUCGUUCGAGUAGGAAGCGUUUUGGAUGGCGGUAAAUGGGUUUGUAAUCCAACAGCGAUGUUGAGGAAGAACUGCAGUAUAUACUCAUUGGGGCUGCAUGAUGAAAUCUCUUUCGACCAUGACAUACAGGAAAUCAACAAUUUUAGCUGUCGAAUACAUGGAUAUGACAUGGUAAAGCAAUCGCCUGUUACAGUGAAACAGUAUUAUGCUAUAAAUGGUAAAGUUGAAGCUCUUAAGAUAGGUCCAAAGACAGAUGCAUCAAAAAAUGUGUACUUUAUCGGUGAUCUGGUUUCACGUAACAACGAUAAAAACGUGGAAUUUCUUAAAAUCGACAUCGAAGGUGCCGAGCACAAUUCUCUCAUUCCUUUUCUAGAGAUAUACAAAGUUUGUCAAUUAUUUGUGGAGAUUCACGGCACACCAUUGAAACAUGUAACCUUGCUGCAACAAAUAGCUCGAUUGGAUUACGCCCUAUUUUCGUACGAAGUGAAUGGAGCGUGCACAAAUUGUUGUGAAUACUCAUUUAUACACUAUAGCUGUAUGUCUCAAUAUGGAGUUACUAAACUUUACCUUUACCUGAAAUUCGUGAAUCCAUCGACGAAUUAGACAACACACUUCAGCGUUUCAAAUAAUAUUUA